AGCAACUUCAUGUUCUGAUUUUUAUGAGAUAUUUGCCACACCUUUCGCUUCCUCUUAGAACCUAUCGUCUUCUUUAUCCUCACAACAAUGUCGAUUCAACUUUCACAGACUGGUGAUAUAGAAGAAAAUGGUGAAGAGCGAAUUCAGAGUGUUAAUGGUCCUAAUUCAAGGGAAAGUUUAGCAUCAGUGCACUCUGCUGUGAAUAAGGUCUAUAGAGCUAUGGGGCCUGGUUAUAAAGGGCUAAAGAGUUUUGGGAAAAUCAUGAAAAUUUAUUAUGGAGUUUUGUCUAUAGGCUUGAGUUCCAAUGAUAAAAUUCUUCGCCGCCAGAAAUUAAACCAGCUAAGGUGGAAUAAGAUGCUUCUUGUUCUGUGUGUCAUCGCGCUCUCACUGGAUCCUUUGUUUUGUUAUAUUCUUGAGGUUAAUAAUGAGAAGAACUGCCUUGGAUUGAACAGAACAUUAGGAGCUAUAGCUAUUGUUUUGCGAUUUGUGGUCGAUUUCUUUUAUGUGUUCUAUAUCAUUUAUCAAUUUCGUGCUAGCAUUGCCACUCUUUCGUCUCAAUCAUCGAGAGAAGGUGAACCGGUUCCAGAUACUAGAGCAAGAGCAUGGAGAUAUUUGUUGUUGUACUUCCUAUUUGACAUACUUGUAAUUCUACCACUUCCACAGGCGGUAGUUUUUGCUAUCAUUCUACGAAUAAAUAACUCGAGGGUAUUCCAUGCAAUACAGUCAUUGUACUUUAUAGUUAUCUGUCAAUUUGUGCUAAGGGUUCUUCGAAUCUGCUCCUUGUUAAAAAAAGCUAUACGGUCUUCUGGCGUCCGUCUCGAAACUGCAUGGGCUAAAGCUGCCUUCAAUCUCUUUCUUUAUGUGCUUGCCAGUCAUGUUGUUGGAGCCUUUUGGUACUUAUUUUCAAUAGAAAGAAGAGCAUCUUGCUCGCUAAAAGCUUGUAAAACUCAUGCUACUGCUUACUGUUGCUCUUUGGAUGAGUCCUGCUUUUCAAAGACACCAAAUUCCACAGAUUUUAAUUUUGGAAUAUAUAAGGGUGCAUCUGCUGUCAUUGGAUCAACAGAUUUCAUGACAAAGAUCUCUUACUGCUUUUGGUGGGGACUGCAAAACCUGAGUUAUUUGGGUCAAAACCUCGAAACAAGUACCUAUGUGUGGGAAGUCUGCUUCUCAUGUUUUGUUUCACUUUUUGGAUUGAUAUUGUUGGCUUUUCUUAUUGGAAAUAUGCAGACAUAUUUGCAAUCGAAAAUAGCAAGGCUGGAGAAAAUGAGAUUGAAGGGGCAAGAGAUAGACUUGUGGAUGGCAAUCCAUUCCCUUCCUCGGGAGCUCAAGACGCAAAUAAGGCGAUACCAGAAAUACAAAUGGCAAGUAACUAGAGGUGUUGAUGUGGAGAGUCUUCUUCACAAUCUUCCCCGGGACAUCAGAAGAGAAACUAAGCUCCAUCUAUGCUCCAGUUCACUCAGGAAAGUUCCAAUGCUUCAAAAUAUGGAUAAACAAUUGCUCGAUGCAAUAUGUGAUCAUCUAAAGCCAGUGCUUUACAUAAAGCGCAACUUCAUAUUCCGGAAAGGAGAUCCUUUUGAUGAGAUGUUGUUCAUCACUUGCGGUAAGUUAUUGACUUACACCACCGCAAACAGUGCAGGUGCUGAUUGUCUCGGAAAGGACGACUUCUAUGGCCAAGAACUUCUUGACUGGGUGCUAAGGACUUAUUCCAAUCCCGGCGUAUCCAACCUUCCCUUCUCUACCAAAACAGUCCAAGCGCAUACGGAUGUUGAAGUGUUUGCUCUAAGGGCCAAUGACUUGAAAAAUGUAGUGUCUAAGUUCUGGUGGCUUUUCCCCAGCUCUGGGUUGGAGCAAGCACGCAAGCCAAGGGCAGCUCAGGCUUUGCAAGCAGCUUGGCGCCGCCAUAAAUACCGUCAAAGACUCGCCAAUCUAACCGUCUAAGGAGGGCGGUGUGUUUCUGCCGCCCACUGCACUGCACUGCAUUCUCAUUCCCUUCAUAGCAUCUAGAGAUGCAUGCACAUUAGUUCAAGAUAACAUUGUAUCUGAUUUAUUAGUAACUUGAUUUGAUGAAGAACUAAUUAGACCAUG